UUAUUCCGAAAAAAUGCGCAACGCGAUUUUCGGACGAGUUUUUGUUUUGGUUUUUGUUUUUAUGAAAUUCUUUGUUGCCGCAUCGAAUAAUAUUAAAAAUACAAGGGAAAUAUAGUACCUCAAUGUGAUAAACAAAUCCACAGAGAUAGAACCCAGUACCUUAAAAGUGAAUAGCAAAUAUAUUGAUUCUGUUAAAAUUAAGUGUUUGGUGACGAAGCGUACUUCUAAAACCAGAAAUUAACGCAAAUUCAUGGGAAAGAUGAAGUUUAUUUUUGAAAAGCAGACUAAUUUUGAAUGUUUUGAGUAAAGUAAAUAAGAAUAAAUAAAUCGGUGCAUUAAUGUGGUGAUGUGAUAAUGAUGAUACUUAACUCCACAAGAAAACAAAAACAUAUGAAUAACCAAAAUUACUAUGUUGUGUGAGUAAAGGUUCCCUCAACACGAAAUACAAAUAUACAAAAAUGCAAAUUUCAGCUUUGGGAACGAAGAAAAUUAAGCAUUCCGUCAUAGUAGAUUUCCUCGUACCGGUGUCUAUUUUUAUAUAUAAUGCAAAAAAGCGUCCGAUUAGGAACGCAGAUAGGGUACUCUGAGCGUUGAAACUGUGUGUAAGAAAAUUGCGAGUAGUAGAUAAGCGUAAGGUCGCGUGUGAAAGCGUAAAAGAACAGGCAACUCGCAUCGCGAACGUCAAACUGUAAACACAAACAAGAUCCGCAAAAUGUUGCUGUUUUCUCUGUUAAAGCAAUGUAAUUAAACAGAUUAGAAAGAAAUCUCAUUAAAGCAUAAUAGAAUAAAAUAAUUACAACACAAGAACGGGCAAGACCAACAAAAACAACGAACGACAAUUCGACUGGCGAAUACCCAGAAAAUGCCUACAUUGGCGGCAAAAAAUUCACAAGCUCCAGUCACAGCCACAGCUGCUAUGAUGGCAACGGCGGCGGCAACAGAAACGACAACAGCAACAGCGACAACGAAUUCCGUUGGCAGUGGGCAGGGCGACGUGGAUGCUGCUGGUGCAAUAAUAGCGACAGCGGCAGCGACAACAACGAUAACAGACACAACAAACACCGGUGGCGCGUUGAACCAUCAUUAUCAUCAUCCGCCGGCGCCGCAAUCAGGCCCAAACGCCAUAGGCAAUGCAUUGCCGUCUCUGGCACCUGCAACAAUAUGUGCAGAUGGGGCGGGAGCAGCAACAGCUACGAGCACCGUUGCAGCUAGUUUAGCCACAUUUAACGGAAAUUCAAAUUUAAAUAUUGCCAACGGAAACAUUGGAGGCAAUGGCAAUCACAGCAACAACAAUAGCAAUAUCGCAAGUGUUGGUGGUGGUGGUGGUAAAAAGUCAAUGACAACACUACAUGCAUCCCGUGAGGAUGUUGCAUCACCACCACCGCCAUCACUAUCGGCGCUUGCACACCUGGGCAGUGCCAUGCCAUCAGCGUCAAUCAACAAUCACCAAUUGUCAGCGUCCAACAGUCAGGGCAAUCACAAUCAUAACAACAAUAACAGCAAUGGUGGCAGCGUCGGCAGCAAUAACGGCAACGGCAAUGGAAAUAUCAACAGCAUUCUCAAAGGAAGUAAAGAAAAUUUGCUACAGAACUGCUAUAACGGAGGUGCUACGAGUGAUGUAGUUGGUUCUGAAAUUGAUGAUCCUGGCGAUGGUUUGGGUCCCUUACCACCCAAAUGGGAGACAGCAUACACCGAACGUGGUGAACUAUAUUUUAUCGAUCACAACACUGGCACAUCCCAUUGGCUCGAUCCACGUCUCUCGAAAUUCCAAAAGAAAUUGUUAGAGGAUUGUGGCGACGACGAGCUGCCAUAUGGUUGGGAGAAAAUAGAAGAUUCACUCUAUGGCACCUACUAUAUAGAUCACGUAAACCGACGUACUCAAUAUGAGAAUCCCGUAUUGGAAGCUAAACGACGAGCAGCUGAACAAAAACAAAAACAACAACAUCAACCGCCACCACCAACACACCUCAGUCCACAAAACAUCCAAGGAGAUUGCAGCAUAGCGCAACAGACAAUGCUACCUCACCCGCAGUCACAACAACGUCCGCAAACACCUUCAAAUCGGUUACCUUCACCUUUGAAUGGAGGCGUUGGUGGUGGCUCUGUAGUUGGUGGUAGUGAAGGCGAUCGAGUUGCAAAUGUUGGUAGCGGUAUGGUAGAUUUAGCGCAGCGUUGUAUGCAACCACCUCCCCCCAAUGCGAAUUUGCAGACGCCGCCAACAGCGCUGUUGCCAUAUAAGUUUACACGAAGUCCCGCUGAAAUGCAGGGCGAGCGUAUCACGGCAUCGCUAGUAAAGUCUGCACGAGGUCUGGGCAUUACUAUUGUGGGCGGUGAUGAUGGUGCGGAGGAGUUUCUGCAAAUCAAAUCGAUUGUUCCACAUGGGCCGGCGAGUUUGGAUGGCCAGCUGCAAACCGGCGAUGUGUUGGUUUAUGUGAAUGACACUUGUGUGCUCGGGUUUACUCAUCACGAAAUGGUUAAUAUAUUCCAGUCAAUUUUGCCGGGAGAAACCGCUACUUUAGAAGUUUGCCGCGGCUAUCCUUUACCGUUCGAUCCCAAUGAUCCGAAUACGGAGGUGGUCACGACGAUAGCGGUGGAUGGCGUGAGUGUUGCAGCCACAGACAAACAGCGACGAAUGUUACUUGACCUACAUAUGGAUGGAAAUUAUAAUUUUCUCGAUGUUAGCGGCGGAGAUGGUGCCGUAAAAGUGCAUCCGCAUAACCAUUUACGAAGUCAGCACUCAACAGCCACUGGCGGUUUAAAUGACGGUUUCAUAUUGAUGAAAAAGCCUGAACUCCAGAUGCACACAUUUACCAUUGUAAAGGGAGCCAUGGGCUUCGGUUUCACCAUUGCAGACUCGGCUUACGGCCAGAAGGUGAAGAAGAUUCUUGACUACAAUUGUUGCACGCAAUUACAAGAGGGCGAUGUUCUAUUAGAGAUCAAUGGUGUCGAUGUGCGACAACAGAGUCAUCUCGAAGUGGUGCAGAUACUUAAGGACUGUUCGAAAACCGAACCGACGCUUGUCAAAAUUCAACGUGGAAGUCCAUCUACGAACAGUGAAAGGGCAUCGCCAUCUGGCGGCAUUUAUAGCACCGUUGCAAGCAACCCACAACCAAUGAACAACACUAACAGCAGCUUAGGCAAUGUAGCUAAAUUGCGUAAGAACUUCACAUCGGCCCUAUUUCGCAGUAAGACACCGACCGCGGAUCUUUACAGCACGCAACAAAAGGAGAUUUUACCGAUACGACCCAAAACGCCAUUGGUCGAUACGCGACACACACGGGCACAAACUCCAAAUGAUGAACUACAACAUGACGAUAAUAUCAACAAUGACACUUCAUUGGGAAAUGACAAUGGAAGAUUGUCCACAAGCAAAUCUCAAUUGGAUACCGGUACACACAAAUCAACAAAUAGUCUGCAAGAGAUUGAAGCAAUCAACCAAGAGAUACCCUUCUUGGAUCCAUACCCGAAAUUGGUCACUAGCUUGAGUGAGCGACUAGCUGGAGUAUCUAUGCUCGCUGAAACUGCCGCAAGUGGCGGUGCAAACGGUGGUGGUGUCACAAACGUAGGCUACCACCACGCCAGCGGCCUCUCGCUACCCUCAAGUGUUGGUGACCUAAUGCGUUACGAUCAUCAAGAGUACGUAACAGCGGGUGUACGUGGAGGUAAUAAUAUCUACGGAAUCUCACCGCUACCGUCCAGUAUGAAUACCUACUAUGCGCCGCAACAGUUGCACACGCCGCCUCAUAUAAACAUUUCCGCUAGUAGCUACUCGCCGUCCACACCCCUCAGUUUAACGACAACAUCCGCCGCGCAUCACAAUCUCCUACAUCAUCACCCACUACAAUUACCGCCACCGCCGCAUCCACACCCGCAUGGAUCACAGUACUCGCCUGCAUCGUUGCAUGUCACAACGCCAUUGCAAGCGGCUCACAUCCAAAACGAACGUAUGCAAAAACGUGUGAACGAGCUAUUGAGUGAUCGUCGGCGUGUAGGCUUCUCCACACUCGAUGCACCACAACCACAGAAACAGUGCUCUGCGCCGUAUGUUAAUCAGUCCCUGCUACAGCAGCCUCCACCACAUUUGCAACAUUCGCCAGCUGUUAGCAGUCUAUCGCAACAGGCUCCGAUUUCUUGGCUGGGCGCAGGAGUUUACACCAAUACUUUACAGUCAUCUCCCGGCGGAAAUUUGCCAUAUAUGCAACGCAAUGGCGGUGCGCUCGAUGUGCUUGACGAUUUGACGACUGAGCAAUAUGAACUGUGUGAGGUUACUUUAGAGCGUCAGGCGUUAGGGUUUGGGUUCCGCAUUGUUGGCGGCACCGAAGAAGGCUCACAAGUGACGGUCGGCCACGUUGUGCCUGGCGGUGCUGCAGAUAACGACCAGCGCAUUAAUACAGGUGACGAGAUACUCAGCAUAGAUGGUAUUAAUGUGGUCAAUUCGUCGCACCACAAAGUUGUUUCACUGAUGGGCGAAGCGGCAUUGCGAGGCCAAGUGACUAUGAUACUGCGGCGCCGAUUACGGUUAACACAACAACCACACUUGUUGCAAACACAACGUCAAGAACAGGAAAACCAAAUGCCAUUACCGCCACCUCCGUCGUUAACGGUGCCUCUACGAAACGCCUUCCGCUACCCGUACGAUGUGAUAGUGAGCCGACACGAGUCCGAGGGCUUCGGCUUUGUGAUCAUAUCUUCUUCAAACCAGUUCUACGGUUCCACCAUCGGUAAGUUAAUACCUGGUAGUCCAGCCGAUCGUUGUGGUGAGUUGAAAGUAGGUGAUCGCAUCAUCGCUGUAAACCGCAUUGAUAUUGCCGGCAUGCCACAUGGUGAUGUAGUCAAUCUCAUAAAAGAAUCGGGCCUUCACGUGCGUCUAACCAUCGGUUGUCCGAAAGACGCAUUAACAACACCAACAACCACUGCGGGAACCCCAACUUCGGCAUUGCUCGUUAACUCGGCACAGGUGUCGCCAGGUCAGCUAUCACAAACACAACUACUAUACACGCCAUUGGCAACACAACAACAUAAAUCACGCAUAUCGCCAAAUCUGUUGCCCAGCAAUGACGGCAGUGGCACCUACUUUAUUGAACAGCCCAGAACAAGUACGGCAACAAAUUUCACACAGCAGCAGCACCCACAAUUGCAGCAGCAACAACAACAAUUGCCACAACAUUUAUGACUUUGAGACUUGCGUAUAAGUCUCUACAAAAGCUUCCUCUAAGCACAACAACAACACUGUAUAUACGAAUAACACUUCAAAGGCAAACUGAAUGCUUUUAUAUUAAAGUUUUUAUACAAAAUAAAAUUAUAUUAUAUUUAGUAAUUUACAGUAUAAACGAGUUUAUAUAUAUUUAGUAUAAACGAAUGCAUCGGAAACGUUUUGCGUAUUUUUACUUAAAUUCAUUUAAACAUUUCCUGUUUUAUAGAUAUUUACGUACCUAAUUGUGAGAAUAAUGCCAAUAAGUUAAAAAGGAGGAUGCCAUCCAACUACAGUGACAACAGAAACAAAAUUUUCGUAGAAUUUAAAAUGUUUCCCUAUUCUCACAGUUAGUAAAGCAAAUGAAACUAAAAAAAUAUAUACUUCUAAGAGCAAAAAUCAUGUAUUCUUUUUCCUAAUUAAGAAUUUUUAAGUUAUUCGCAUUAUUACAUAGUUUCGUCGUAUUGAAUCCCAAAGACUGAAAUUAGCCGUGUGUGCUGUUGCAUGGCGUCUAAACAAAAAAAAGUAAAAAGUAAAUAUUAUAUAUAUAUAAAAUUAAAUUUUACAAGUUAAGCAUUCUUGUUUUAUUGAAUGUAUAUUACAAAAUUGUUACCAUUUUUUAACCUAGGGAACUUUUUUAUACACAGAUGUGUUUUGCAUUUGUGCAACUUUAUUAUGCAUAUCUUAUAAAAUACUUAUAGUGUACGAAUAUACUACACUUUUAUUGAUAGGUCUUUAAAAAAAACGAAUAUAAAUUUUAUUUUUAAUUUUAGACUCGAAUUGGGCAAUGCCCACUAAAUGCAGCCUUUCAUCCCACAUUUUAGUAUAUGUACAUACUUAUUAUAUAUCUACAGUCAGCAUUAAUCUAAUGAAUUUACAUAUAUGCUCAAAUAAUAAAGCACAUGUACCAUAUUUCAUAGCAUGCAAUAGCCUUAGGUCACCAGUGUACUUAUAAUGCAGUUAGUUUUAGUAUAAUUAUGUUAAUAUUAAUAUUAUACUCUAUAUUGUGCCGGCAUAAAUACUUUGCCGGAAUAAAUACUAGGAAUAUCCUAGGAUUAUUCGUAGUAGGGCUGCAUAAUAGUGAAUAAAUAUUGUACUGAAAAUUAUUGCAAAUAAAUAUUUAUAAAUAUA